AUGAACGCGUGGUUAUGGGCCUGUUCUGUUCUGUCGUGUCGUUCAAAUCGACUCGCGUCGGCGUCUCAGAUGCCGACGGGCCGUCCCGCGCGUCUGACCCGCGUCGUCGCCGUGAUCGGUCGAGCGCGCGCCGCCGCCGCCGCCGCCGCCGCCGCCGCAUCGCGAGGAACAGCGUCCGCCGCCGCCGCGAGCGGGGUCCGUCCUCGACCGAUCGCGUCGCGAGGAGGAGCAAGAAAUCAUCUUGUUGUUUCUUCCUCCGCCUCCUCCUCCCCGACGACGACGAUGGGAGGCGCCGCGAAGGAGAAAAAGCCGCCGCCGCCGCCGUCCACCGUAGGCGACAUCGAGGACCUCGCGUCCAAGCACCCGGGCCUGACCUCCGCGCGCGAGCGCGCCCCGCGCGCGCGCGCGUCCCUCCUGGAGUGGUACGACGCUAAUCAUCGCGUGCUUCCGUGGCGUCGGAACGCGCGAUCGACGCACGCGCCGCCGCCCGAUCCCCCGUCCGAGGAAUCCCUCGCGUCCACGGGGAGCGCGCUCGAACGCGCGCGCGCGCACUGGCGCGGCGUCGCGGAGACGGGCGCGAGCGCGGGCGUACCGCCGGAGCAGUACGCGUACGGCGUGUGGGUCAGGCGCGUUCUGCUUCUAUUUUACACAGGUCCCCAUACGACCCCAUUCGCGUUGUGGACGCCGUUCCUUAAGGACUUCGCCCGGCGUUCCUCUCCGUCGCUCUCGUCCAAUGAAACGUCCACGUCAUCAAAUAACUAA